AUGUCCUCCCAGCAGACAUUUGCCCGACGUCUGCUGGGAGUCCUGCUGGACUUUGAUCACUACAACUCCACUUGCCAAAAGCGGAUUGAUUUUGGUGUCGGUUGUGUAUCAGGAUCAGGAGACCAGUAUGGUUGUGUAUCAGGAUCAGGAGACCAGUAUGGUUGUAUAUCAGGAUCAGGAGACCAGUAUGGUUGUGUAUCAGGAUCAGGGGACCAGUAUGGAUCAGGAGACCAGUAUGGUUGUGUAUCAGGAUCAGGGGACCAGUAUGGUUGUGUAUCAGGAUCAGGGGACCAGUAUGGUUGUGUAUCAGGAUCAGGAGACCAGUAUGGUUGUGUAUCAGGAUCAGGAGACCAGUAUGGUUGUGUAUCAGGAUCAGGGGACCAGUAUGGUUGUGUAUCAGGAUCAGGGGACCAGUAUGGUUGUGUAUCAGGAUCAGGGGACCAGUAUGGUUGUGUAUCAGGAUCAGGGGACCAGUAUGGUUGUGUAUCAGGAUCAGGAGACCAGUAUGGUUGUGUAUCAGGAUCAGGAGACCAGUAUGGUUGUGUAUCAGGAUCAGGAGACCAGUAUGGUUGUGUAUCAGGAUCAGGGGACCAGUAUGGUUGUGUAUCAGGAUCAGGAGACCAGUAUGGUUGUGUAUCAGGAUCAGGAGACCAGUAUGGUUGUGUAUCAGGAUCAGGAGACCAGUAUGGUUGUGUAUCAGGAUCAGGAGACCAGUAUGGUUGUGUAUCAGGAUCAAGAGACCAGUAUGGUUGUGUAUCAGGAUCAGGAGACCAGUAUGGUUGUGUAUCAGGAUCAGGAGACCAGUAUGGUUGUGUAUCAGGAUCAGGAGACCAGUAUGGUUGUGUAUCAGGAUCAGGAGACCAGUAUGGUUGUGUAUCAGGAUCAAGAGACCAGUAUGGUUGUGUAUCAGGAUCAGGAGACCAGUAUGGUUGUAUAUCAGGAUCAGGGGGCCAGUAUGGUUGUGUAUCAGGAUCAGGAGACCAGCGCUGCAACGUUAAACUUUUGUAUGAGAUGCAUAUGACUGACAUGGGCCCAGCUGCUCAUCUGUAA